UGUCUUUGAAUACAAUGACCUUCUCAAAUGACUAUGAAGAUUUUCACAGAGGUGGGGACUUGAGAACAGUGAGUCUUGCUGGCAUAGGGGCUUCAGGUUAUACUCAAGUUCAUUGCUUGGAGCAUCCACUACGGUUGUGUACCCUAGAAUUUCCCACUACGCAGUGUGCUCUGUUCUGUCCUUCUUUAUUGGGACACAUCUGUCUCUUCUCUAUUAAUAAACUCGUUGGCAAGCGCCAUGGCUACAGCAGGAAGGUGUUUCCUAGUCUCCAUGCAAACGUAAUCUAAGCAGAGAAUUAAAUCCACAAGAGGCUGACCCCCCCUCUCCAGUAGCUGCCCAUAGCGGUGAAACUGGUCGGGGCACAUUCCUACCACUGACACUAAAAUACUAAAAUUGCCCUGGUCUCGCUCACAUCAAGUUGACAGAGCAAGAGAGAGGUGAGUGAUGGUUUCCUCAGUGGAGAUGGUGGGUAGAGUAGGGGCAGAGAGCAGUGGAAGUGAUGAGCACAGAGGGGUUUUCAGAAGGUGAUUGGUGCAGUGGGCAGGGACUGAAUGAUGGGCACAGAGAGGUAACAAGUCUCUAACAAUGGCAUUGGCUGCUGGAGUUCAUUUUGGCAUCACCUAAUUGUCAUCCAGAGAUUUGGAAAUAACUUUUUGACAAAAACACAGUUUAGGAGCAGAAAUAAUGGUUAAGAAUUUCUCACUCCCCCCCCCCCUGUCCAUUACCUUAAAAACCUUGUGGUACAAUUUCUCUCCUCGGGGGGAUGAGUAGCUAAUACUGCAAUGUCUCAUUGUGCAGCUCUUAAAAGGGGCAAUAAUAUUACAGACCUUUGCUUCCUCAAGAGGUAGAUUGGGAUCUGCCAGUAGAUCUUGAGCCGGUAGAGCAAGCACAUCCCAUGAGAUAAUCUGCCUGGGUGCUUCACAUAUAUUUAAGUUUCCAUGUUACUUCAUCAGCAGCCUGAUAAUUAGCUUGAAGGGGUAGCUCUUCAGAAAUAUAAAACCCACAUCUGGUCCUCCAGAACUCUGUAUCAGUCAGUAUAUGGAUGAAGGAUUUACUGGCAGUAUCUGCAUCCUAGAAGAAGGCAUGGCUCCAGGUUUGUAAUAAAGCAACACUAAUGGAGGCUUAGGGCACACUGCACAUUGUGAGGAACCACUGCAAAUAAACCAUCAUCCUUUCAUUUGAAAGAAAACCAGGGGGAACCCAACCUUCUGGAUGAUUGUUAGACCAUCCUCUUAUAAUACACAAAUGCCCAACAUGGCACCACUUACUCUCUGGAGUUCAGCAGAGACUUGUGAUUUUUUUUUUGGGAGCCAACUUUCAGCCUCAACGUUCUCUUGUUCCAUGAUGAUUUCAUUGCUUCCCAUCCUUGAUCUGUUAGAACCAUGUAGAAUCCCUAUCCCCGUGUCUUCCCAUAAAACAUGUAAAAUCCCAAUGGUGGUGGUGGGAUUAUAUUCCUUUAAAGAGAUUUCUGUUCCAGAGAUUGGGCUGGAGGGUUGACUUCUGCUUGAGAGCAAUUGUAUAAUUGCAGAGGAAUCCAUAACCUCUCCAUUGUUUACUUGUUUAUUCAAAAGUGACAAAAGUGGUGCACUGAUUGAUAUCCCCCAACUAUUAUGCCUUUCAGCAGUUGCUGGUAGUUGGAGAUCCUUAAUUGGACUCACAGUAGCCACUGGGUCAGUUGGGUCUAAAGCAUAUUUACUGUCCAGGCCACUGGGGGGGGUCACAAGUACUCACAUCCUCAUUGAGGGAAUGUAGCUCCAUGAGGGUCUUGAGAUCAUCAUCAUCAUAAGCUUCAAUAAUUAUUAAUUAUGGAGUUUAUCAUGAAGGAACCUUCACUGUAGGCUGCAGCAGAAGGUGAAAACUGACUGGAAAUGGGCCUUAUUCUCAUUAGUCAGGACUUCUCCAAAUCAAGUGGCAUCUUCUUCAUAGAAGAACCAGGCCAAAAAAAGCUUGGAAAUACAUGGUUAAGAGAGUGGUAGGCAUAAGCCAUGGUAUCUCAGUUCUCUUCUUUAUUCCCAGGCCAUGCAGACUGUCACGGUCCAUCCCCUUGCAGUCUCUCAGACAGUGACUGUCUCACAAUCAAAUAACUGGAACACUGGGAUCUGUGACUGUUGUGAUGACUGCGGAAUCUGUUGCUGUGCGUUGUGGUGCUUCCCCUGCCUCCAGUGCAAGACAGUCAACGACUUUAAGGAGUGCCUCUGUCUCCCCCUUCUGGACCCCUUUUGGGUGGGCUAUUGUGGAUGCGGCACAGCUUGCCCCCCUAUCUCCAUGGCCAUGAGGGCUUCUGUCAGAGAGAGAUAUCGCAUUUCUGGCUCCAUCUGUGAUGACUGCUGCAUGUUGUGCUGGUGCUACUCCUGCUCCUGGUGCCAAAUGGCUCGAGAGAUAAAGAAGCGCAAACAGCCCAUCACCUUCAUGACGGCCCAGACCACCUCGGUGCAAAUGCCCCUGCAACACAUUCUCUACCCCCAAAUGUAACCCCUUCCUCCUGCCCCGGAGAGGCAAAUGCAGAUGGAGCAGCCUCGGCUCAUCCAAUGAAAUCUUCCCUUUAUAUUGAUAGGAAAACUCUCUGUAAAAUGUACAAAUUAAAGUUUGAAAAGAAAUUGAAAUGAAGCCGAGCAAUGUUCUUCCUCAGAUGCGUCAUCUUAUAGCGCAAAGGAGGAGCCUAAUUCAUCACAUGACACAGUACUGGGCCCAGUUCUUUCCACUGGAGAUGGAGCAGAGGGGCCCCUAAUUGCUCUGUGACACCCCCGUUGUGUUUAGUAACAUUUGCUCAUAAACACUCGGCAACCCAGGGGAAUGGGCAAGUAGCCUCAUGUAUUUCUCUAAUAUAAAGUGGUGCAUCCAGGCCAUGGAAUAUAUAGGA